AUGAACGCCAAUUCAUUCGACAAUAUUCUUCAAUAUCUUACCGCAUUUUCCGAGGAGCCAUGUUUGACCCCUAUCACCAAUUUCAUCAACAAUGAGUUCGUGGCCUCGUCGAGAUUGAUGGAAUCGUUCAAUCCGGCAACUGGUUUGCCUUGGGUAAAAAUUCCGAAUUCCACUGAUCUAGAAGUAAGCUCAGCAAUCUCUGCGGCUAAGGAGGCUUUUAAAACAUGGAAAUUAACGUCAGCUGCUCAUCGUUCCAAGCUGAUGAAUGAUUUGGCUAACCUCUUGGAAAAACAUAUCGUCGCUUUAGCCAUUCUUGAGAGCCGAGAUCAAGGAAAACCGGUCGCUAUCGCAAAAGCUUUGGAUAUUCCAAGAUGUAUUCAAAAUUUUCGAGCUUUUGCAGCAGCCAUCCAAACUCAAACCGCUCCAUCGGCAAUUUUGGAAGAGCCAGUGAAGGCUGUCAGCUAUGUCAAAUAUGAUCCAAUCGGUGUUGCGGGACUCAUUAGUCCGUGGAACCUUCCACUUUACUUACUGUCCUUCAAAAUUGCUCCAGCUCUGGCCGCUGGUAAUACAAUCGUCUGCAAGCCUAGUGAAAUGACGAGUGUUACUGCAUGGGCACUCAUGCACGCCAUUAAGGAAGUUGGAUUCCCACCAGGUGUUGUUAAUCUUGUAAUGGGUGAAGGUGCAACUGCUGGACAAUAUCUUGUAGAUCAUCCAGAUGUUCCUCUGAUCAGCUUCACGGGAAGCACAUUGGUUGGAAAGAUGAUUCAAGAAAAGGGAGCAAGACUAAAUAAAAAGGUGUCCCUUGAAAUGGGUGGAAAGAAUCCAGCGAUCGUGUUUUCUAACUAUAACUCAAAUGACCUGCCAUUAAUAGUCAAAUCAUGCUUUUUCAAUCAAGGCGAAAUUUGCCUCUGCACAAGCCGAUUGUUCGUUCAAGCUGAUAUAUUUGAUGAUUUCGUUAAGAAAUUCGUUCAAAUUGCAAAAAAUUACAGCGUUGGCGAUCCUGCAGAUAAUGUGAAUAUUGGUGCCAUUAAUUCCAAACAGCAUUUCCAGAAAAUCAAGCGAUACAUUGAAUAUGCCAAGGAAGAAGGGGGAAUAAUUCAUUGUGGAGGUGUCGUCGAAAUGCCAGGAAAAUUGCAAAAUGGCUAUUUUAUUGCGCCAACUGUUAUUACCGGUAUUUCCGAUUCCAGUAAAUGCAUGACUGACGAAAUCUUUGGUCCUGUUAUCUGUCUGACACCUUUCAGAAGCAUUGAAGAGGUGGUUACAAGAGCCAACGCUACGGAGUACGGUCUUUCAGCGACUGUCUGGUCAACCAAUAGCAGCGAUUUGCUCAACACUGCGCAUGCAUUAAGAGCGGGAACUGUUUGGUGCAACACUUGGAUGGUCCGAGACUUGAAUAUGCCGUUCGGUGGUUGCAAACAAUCCGGACAGGGCAGAGAAGGGAUCCACGAUUCUCUUCAUUUCUACGCGGAUGCCAAAACCGUUUGCGUUAAACUUGAUUAG